AAUCUCACUUCAAUAAUGGAAUUUGUUCUUCUUGGGUUCUCUGAUAUUCCCAAUCUCCAAAUGUUUCUUUUUGUGACAUUUUUCUUUGUUUAUGUGAUAACUCUGCUGGGAAAUGGCAUCAUCAUUGUCAUAAUCGGGACUGACAAAGCUCUCCAGACACCUAUGUAUUUUUUCCUCAGUAAUUUUUCCUUCUUGGAAAUCUGUUAUGUAUCGGUCACUCUCCCCAGAAUGCUCGUAAACCUUUGGACUCAGAAAAGACACAUUUCUCUGUUUGCCUGUGCCACACAAAUGAGUUUUGUUUUCACGUUUGGAAACAUAGAGUGCCUCCUUCUUACAGUGAUGGCCUAUGACCACUAUGUGGCCAUUUGUGACCCUUUGCACUAUCCUCUAGUCAUGAACCACAAGGCCUGUGUCCAGCUGGUGGCUGCCUGCUGGAUCACUAGUGCUCUGAUUGAGAUAGGGCAGACAUGCCAGAUUUUCUCUCUGCCCUUUUGUAGAUCCAACAAAAUCAACCACUUCUUCUGUGACAUCCCCCCAAUAUUCAAGCUGGCCUGUGGAGACACUUUUCUGAAUGAGAUGCUGCUCUUCACAAUUGCUGUGGUGUUUAUUAUGAUCCCUUUUCUGUUGAUACUUGGGUCCUACAGUCAGAUCGCCUCCACCAUCCUGAAGUUGCCAUCAGCAAAAGGAAAAGCAAAGGCCUUCUCCACUUGCUCUUCACAUGUCAUGGUUGUGACUUUAUUCUUUGGAACUGCAGUCAUUGCAUACUUACAACCUAAAUCCAAAAAUUCAUCCAGAAUGGACAAGUUUCUCUCUCUUUUCUACACUCUUGUCACCCCAAUGUUUAACCCCCUGAUAUACAGUCUGAGAAAUAAGGAUGUCUUGAUGACCUUGAGGAAAUUGGUACCUUAA